CCACCAUCAUCAUCAGCAUUCGUCUCCCUCUAAUUUAAGCCGUUACAAAGUCAGAAUAUUCCUCCAUCCCACUUUCCCCUUUCCCACACAUUUCUUCAUCGAUCACAAAAUGCUCUGUUUCAGACUCCAUACCUCUGUUCUCUCGAUCUUUCACCUGAUUCUGUUACUAAUCGUUGCCUCCACUGGGCAGCAGCAGCAGCUCCAAUUGGGAUUCUACUCCCAGAGCUGCCCUGUCGCCGAAGUUACAGUCCGCGUCGCGGUCAAACAAGCAGUGGAAGCUGACAAGUCCGCCGCCGCCCGAUUGCUCCGCCUCUCCUUCCACGAUUGCUUCGUCGAGGGAUGUGAUGGGUCGAUUCUGCUGGAGACCGGCGACGGCGAGAGGCAGGCGCCGGGGAAUGCAGGGCUCGGCGGUUUCAAUGUGAUUGAAACGGCCAAAUCGCGGCUGGAGUCGCUCUGCCCGGGUGUCGUCUCUUGCGCGGACAUUCUGGCUUUAGCUGCCAGAGAUGCUGUUGCCUUGAGCAACGGACCGAACUAUGACGUGCCGACGGGGAGAAGGGACGGCAGAGUUUCCAGCCGGAGCCUCGCCAACAAUUUGCCAGAUGUCAAUGACCCAAUUGAAGUUCUCACAUCGAAAUUCCGUGCCAAGGGAGUGUCCAUCAAGGAUUUCGUCCUUCUCAGCGCAGGUGGGCACACAAUUGGGACGACGGCGUGCUUCUUCAUGCCCAAAAGGCUCUACAACUUCACCGGCCGGAGCGAUUCCGACCCGGCCCUAAAUCCACAGUUCCUGCCGCAGCUUAAAUCGAAGUGUCCUCCCGGCGGCAACGUCAACGACAGGCUGGCUCUCGACUGGUCGUCGGAGUUCGCUUUCGACGACCACAUCCUUGGCAACAUCCUGAACGGGUCCGCCGUCCUGGCGUCGGACGCGCGGCUGGUGGACGAUCGGGGAGCCAAGCAAGUGCUGGAGUCCUACGUCGGAGGAAGCGUAAAGAAGACGACGACGUCGUUUGGGGCGGAUUUUGCUGAGGCGAUGGUUAGAAUGGGGAAUAUCGAGGUCAAAACGGGAUCGCAGGGAGAAAUCAGAAAAAUAUGUAGCAAAGUCAAUUAAUCUAUUUAAGAACAAAAAAUUCAUUUUCAUGACGUCUGUAUAAGUAAUUUGUCUAGAGAUAGGUAUCUGCUGUUAGGGUGUCAAGAUUUGGGUGAACCGAAUUUGGGGUUCGAUUUGUGGAAAGUAAACAUUGUAGUCAUAUUUCGUGAAUCAUACAAUUUAAAAA